AUGUUGAAACAUGACCCUCACCCCCACCACCACCACCACCAUCUACGUCUGUCUGUCUUCCUCUCUCUCUCUUUCUCUCUCUCUCAACCUCUCUCUCUCAUUCUCUCUCUCUUCCCCGCAUUUUUCCCUCUUUUUAUCACUAUAUUCCUUUCUUGCUACUUUUUGAAUCUACUUUCUUCACUUCUCCUUUGUAUUUUUCGUUCUUUCUUUCUUUCUUUUUUCUUUCUUUCUUUUUUCUUUCUUUCUUUCUUUCUUUCUUUCAUAACUUCCCUUUCUUUCUUUAUUUCUUUUCAUUUUCUCUCUUCCUUUUAUACCAUUCCUUCAUUUCUUCCUUUCUUUUGUCUUUCUUUCUUUCAAUGCUUCCUUUUCUUUCUUUCUGUCUUUAUUUCUUUCUUUCUUUUUUUUCAUUUUCUCUCUUCCUUUUAUACCAUUCCUUCCUUUCUUUUUUCUUUCUUUCUUUCUUUCUUCAUUUCAUUUUUCUCUCUUCUUUUUAUACCAUUCCUUCAUUCCUUUCUUUUGUCUUUCUUUCUUUUAUACCAUUCCUUCCUUCCUUCCUUCCUUUCUUUCUUUCUUUCUUUCUUUCUUUCUUUCUUUCUUUCUUUCUUUUCAUUUUCUCUCUUCCUUUUAUACCAUUCCUUCAUUCCUUCCUUUCUUUUUUCUUUCUUUCUUUCAAUGCUUCCUUUUCUUUACUUUCUUUCUUUCUUUCUUUCUUUCUUUCUUUAA